CGGCGAGCCGCGCUCAUUCCUUAGGCGGGACUCGGAGCGAGACACGUGCGUUCAAUACCGAGUUAUUAUUCGCGAUCGAAUCGUGCACGACGAAGACGCGAGUACACCUGGUUGAGUGGUUGAGUGAAGAGAGAGAGAGAAAGAGAGAGACUCAUACACACACUCGAGUGCAUACACGCGGGAGGAAACAUGGCCGACAGUGGUAUCAAGCGCAACAUUCCGAUCAAGCUCGGUGACUUCAGCGUGAUCGACACCGAGUUCUCCAACAUACGCGAGCGCUUCGACGCCGAGAUGAGAAAGAUGGAGGACGAGAUGUCGCGGUUCCGCAGCGAGCUGAUGAACCGCGAGAGCAACAAUUUCUUCAAGAGCACCACCAGUCGGCAUCAUACGAGCACCAGCGAGCACCGUACGUCGACGACCUCGAAGACCGAAGGUUGGGACAAGGUCGACCCUGCAGCACCGCCAAAGCGGUCCGCGUUCGACAGCUUCAAAAGCACCACCACGCAACAGACCACUCAGAACAGCAGUUCCCUGAGUCCUCAACAUGACGCUCAUACUUGGCUGGACGGCCUCAACAGCCCCCUCAUUCAAGACGAGGGCGACAGCAAGAUGUUGAAGCUGCGCUUUGACGUUUCGCAGUACACGCCUGAGGAGAUCGUCGUGAAGACCGUGGACAACAAGCUACUGGUCCACGCUAAACACGAGGAGAAGACGGAGAGCAAAUCGGUGUACAGAGAAUACAAUCGGGAAUUCCUGUUGCCGAAGGGAACCAAUCCCGAGAGCAUCAAGUCUUCCUUGAGCAAGGACGGCGUCCUUACCGUGGAGGCGCCUUUACCGGCGAUCGGCUCCGGCGAGAAGCUAAUUCCGAUCGCGCACCAGUAAACUCCAGACGAGUCGCGGAGAAUCGACUCAUCGGAUUUCCCGC